UUUACCUGGAUGUGGCCCGCAGGGGCGGGGAGGUCCUCUCUGCCGACCAGGCGCACGCGCGGUUCCCUAACCUGGCAGACCCUUGCGCAGACAUCACAGACAGCAGCAGCAGCAGUAGCAGCAGUGGCCCUGCCGAUAGAAGCAGCAGUGGCGACGGCGGCGGUGGCAACGGCAUCAGGCAGGGCGCCUUGAUCGUGUCGGUGUGGUCUGAGAUGGCGCGCACCAUGGUCAUGGCCCACCAGCGGCGCGGCGAGUCAGACCUGGUGGCGCACUGGAUGUACCAGGCGCUGGCACUGGACACCGCCGCGCCAGAGUGGGGGCACGCGCUGGCGGGGGCGGCGCAGUAG